GACGUGUUCUUGUAAUGAAACUCGAUAUAUUUAAUAGAGAAAAUAAUCACUCAUGUGAUUGGGACUAAGCAGCUGUGUAGCCAUAAGAGAACCACUGAUCAGUGAGGAUAAUCAGAAAAGGGCUUUAAUUUGCUAAGAAGCGUAAAGAUAGACUGGCAUAAAGACUCUGGAGCAAUGAGAAGAAGCUCGUUGUCUGAUUAAUCUAGAUUUACCAUGUUCCAGAGUGAUGGGCGCAUCAGGGUAAGGAGAGAGGCAGAUAAAGUGAUGCACCCAUCAGGCCUAGUACCUACUGUACAAGCCUGUGGGGGCAGUGUCAUGAUCUGUGGUUGCUGCAGUGGGUCAGGUCUAGGUUCAGCAACAUUAUGUCUCCAACGAAUCGGUCAUGGGGGAUGACUGUCUACCAAUGAGCUUGGGUCUGUCUGAGGUUUCUGCCAGUUAAAAGGAAGUUUUUCCUCACCACCGUCGCCAAAUGCUUGCUCAUUGUGGAAUUGUUGGUCUCUGUAAAUAAUAUUAUAAAUAGUACGGUCUAGACCUGCUCUGCAUGAAAAGUGUAAUUUUUUAAUAAAAAAAUUUUUUCACACAUGGAUUGGCCGGUCCAGGCCCAGCCCCACUGAGAAUCUAUUAUCAAUGUAUAUAUAUAUCUUGGCGGGAAAUUAAUGCAACUCUGGAUGGAAAUAAAUGUUGUGACAUUGCAGAAGCUUUCAAAACAAUACCACAGCAAAUGCGUGCUGUAUGCAAAUCUAAAGGCAGUCCAACGGAAUAUUAGUGUAUUAGUGUGUGACUUUUUUUUUGGACAGGCAGUGUAUUUUAAAAACCUCUUGUAUAAACCAAAUUGUACAUGAUGUACACAUUAUCAGCAAGUGAAAUUAAGUGACACCUUGUCACUGGUGACACGAGUGAGUAAACGAUGAUUUCAAGUUGUGGUCAUGGUCUGUUGUGUCACACUAAGCACACACUGAGUAAAUGUUUAACCGACAAGUCCCCAUCUCACCAGCUGAAGGAGUCUUUUAUUGUUUUAUUGUUUGUGUGCGUGUGCGCGCGUGUACGUGCGUGCGCGCUGUGAACCUUGUCUCCGUCCACAGUCUGAGCAGGUACACAAAGGUUCAGGACUCCAUGAGAUCCUCCACAGUCCCACAGGCUGCUAGGAUGCGAUGGAAUUUCCACGUUUUACCUUCAAUCCCAAGGAAGGGAUUGAUAAUCCAGCUCUGGUCAUCAAUGAUGAUCCUGAGUCUAAUAAGAGCCCAAUGCCCAAACUAUGCCAUCUGAAGCGUCUGGAGGGACAGGGCUUUGGCUUCCACCUGCAGAUGGACCAGAGUAGCCAGAGUUUUGAAAUCAUAGAUGUGGAGCCAUGGAGUCCUGCAGAGCACAGCGGCCUGAGAGAUGGAGACAGAGUGCUUGAAGUCAAUGAGGAAUAUGUAAAUAACAUGGACUUUAACAAGGUGGUGAGGAAGAUCCAGUCAUGUGGCUUACACCUGUUUGUCCUGGUGUUGAGGAGAGAGGAGUAUGAACAGGCUGUGUCUAUUGGUGUGAACAUGCAAAUGCUGGCCAAGGCCUCCAAAGGAGACCGCUGGUCCAGACCCAGACUGUGUCAUAUCAGCAGACACCCAGAGCAUGGCCUGGGAAUGUCCAUCAUCUCAGUGAAAGGGCAGAAAGGCCAAUAUGUUGUGAGCACAGUGACUGACAGUCCAGCAGAGAAAGCUGGUGUCUGCAAUGGAGACAGACUGAUCUGGAUCAACGGAAUCAUGGUGUCAACGCUCACACACUCCAUUCUCAGCAGAACUGUGAAGAAGAGUGGGGACUCAGUUACAGUGCUUGUCAUUGACAGAGAAAGUGAGUGUUGCUAUGUCAGGAGGAAAAUGCCCAUCCUGCCUGUGGUGGCAGAAUGUUGCAGCCUCCCACAUACAGCCAAGACCAUGCAUCUGGUUAAAGGACGCAAUGGAUACGGCUUCCUGCUGAGACAAGAGAAGCUGGCAGGCACUCAACGGACAGUUCAUGUGCUGAGGGAGGUGGAUGUGGGGAGUCCAGCUGAUGUGGCAGGCAUGGAGGAUGGAGACCUGCUACUUGCUGUCAAUGGAGAACCGAUAGAGUCUAUGGAACAUGAGGACAUUGUCAAAAAAAUUAGACAGAGUGGUGAUAAAGUCAUCCUCAUUUCUAUAUCUAUAUCAGGAAGAGACUUCUACAGACAGGCAUCUCUCCACUGUUAUUCCAUGACAUAUGUACACUCUGGGAUGGCAGACAGCAGACUGUCUCCCACUGGACUGAGGCUGGCUGUGGUUUCGACUCAGCUGUGUUCUGGACCACGCAGGAACUUUAACCACACAGAUGCCUCUUUUGGUUCUUGUAAUGGAUGUGAACGACUGAGUCAUCAACAGAUGUGGAGCUCAGGUUUUGAGAAACAAAUGAUUUUACACUAAACAGAGUUGAUCUUUUCUUUUUUGCUUAUUUUUUUUAAUAAGUCACUGUGAAUCUGUGCUCUGGGACUCCUCCAAAUCGAUGACAUAACAUGACCUGCUUUUUUAUAGUCUGAUGUUUUGCCAAUUAUAAUAAAGAUUAUGUUUCAUAUUUUGGGUGAAAAUCUUAAUAUACUUCAUGAUGUAAAUUAUGAAAUAUCUUUCCGUUUAUAUAAUAUGAGGCAUUGUUGUGUACAUACACCUGUAUGUAUUCAGAUUAAAUGUUUUUUUUUUUUUACUAUUUCCUGUCAACAUAUACAUUUUUGAAUCAAAAUUUUUCAUCAAGUGUGGUCUGUGUGCUGUAUACAUCUUCUGUUUUUUAACUCCAAGAGAGGUAUGAACAACAAGGCAUUCUUUAAAUGUCACAUUUAAUUUCACCAUUAUUCUCCAGAUGGAACCUUUUGGGUAGACCUAAGUUUUGAAAAUGACAACUGAUAACUGAUACCUUUUCCUUUACUUUGAUUUACAGUGCUUGAACGCAGAGUAUAAUAGAUACGUCUAUGUACUAUAUAUACUGCAACUUUUAUUCAAAUUACAAUGCAUCUGAUUAAAACAUCAAAUAUACAAACAUUGUUUAGGAACAGCAAAUUAUAGGAAUCCAUAUAAUUCAGUAGUUGCCAAGUUGUGGUUAAUCUCACAUAAAUUUGUCAGUUAUUACUCUACAAUUUUCCAAAAUGAGCAUCAUUUGAUUCAAGUACUUCAUUCCAACACAAAA